GCGGGCAGCCAACCCCUCCCGGCCGAGGGAGCCGACACCAAGACCUACUUGUGGGCCAGGUACCACGAGAUGAAAAAGCUGGUAUACGAUCUCCUUCCACCAGGAGUCUGCAAUCUCCUCAACCCGGCCGCUAUCUAUGCUAACAACGAGAUCAGCCUGGGAGAUAUCGAGAUAUAUGGCUUUGACUACGACUACACAUUAGCACAGUAUUCUAAUUUACUACACUCUAUGAUUUUCAACACUGCCAGAGACAUCCUAAUAGAACAAUUUAAGUAUCCAGAAGGGCUUGGGAGGUAUGACUACAUUCCAGGGUUUGCCAUACGUGGACUUCACUAUGAUGUACAAAAGAGUCUUCUCAUGAAGAUUGAUGCUUUCCAUUAUGUCCAGCUGGGGACAGCAUAUAGAGGGCUCAAACCAGUGCCUGAUGAAGAAGUAAUCGAACUCUACGGUGGUACGCAGCACAUCCCCCUGUAUCAGAUGAGUGACUUCUAUGGCAAG